UAAAAAUGGUUUUGGGGAAAAAGUGGAAGAAACGGGUUAUAGUUGUUAUAUUUUCAGGAUUAUUAUGAUAGCUUCACUUUCCCCGAUCGAAUAGCAAUUAACUCUAUUAAAACGAAGAGAGAAAAAAAGUGAAUGCCUAAACAUUAUCAUGUGAUAUAUUGCAUUCUUAUUUCCAGUGUGAUUAUUUUAUCAUGGAUUAGAGAAGCUCAUUCAGGUCAUUCUGAAAAACGUCUAUUAAAUUAUCUAUUCGACAAGACGAGAUGGGAUGCACACAAUCCAAUGGAACGUCCUGUUUCUAUCGAUGGGAAACCAGUACAAGUCUUCCUUAAAUGUUUUCUAAAUCAAAUUAUGGAUAUGGAUGAAAAGAAUCAAAUUUUGUCAACUAUCAUGUGGCUUGAUAUAAAAUGGACAGAUUAUCAUUUUCAAUGGAAUUUAAGUGAUUAUGAAAAUAUUAGACAAAUAAAUUUACCUCAAGAAAGAAUGUGGAAACCUGAUAUCCUACUAUACAAUAGUGCUAGUGAAAAAUUUGAUCAAAUGUUCCCCACUAAAGUGACAGUAAGAAAUAAUGGACAGAUUCAAUGGGUUCCACCGGGUCUCUUUCAUUCAAUAUGCGAUAUUGAAGUCAAUUGGUUCCCUUUUGAUUCUCAGAAUUGUAUUUUGAAAUUUGGUACAUGGACGUAUCAGGGGAAUAAAGUUGAUUUAAAGCUACAAUGUGAUAAUGAAACUGGUGAAGAUAAACCUUGUCAUUAUGUAAAUGAAGUCGAUUUAUCCACCUAUUUAGCUAAUAGUGAAUGGGCUUUAGAAAAGGGUUUAGUGAAACGAAAUAUUCAAACCUACGGUAGUGAUGAUCAAACGUAUAUCGAUGUGACUAUAAAUGUUUAUAUGCAACGUCGUGCUCUUUACUAUGUGUUCAAUAUUAUAAUACCAUGUAUGAUAAUGUCGGUGAUGGCAUUGCUUGUAUUCACUCUACCACCUGAAGCAAAUGAGAAAAUUGUACUGGGCGUGACUACUCUGCUUUCAUUGACUAUGCUGUUACAGCUUGUCGGCGAUAAACUACCUCAAACGUCAUCAGGCAAUCCUGUACUUGUUUUGUACUUCACGUGUACAAUGAUCUUGUGUUCGCUUUCAUUGGUCUGUGCUGUGGUUCUGUUAAACUGUCAUCAUCAUACUGGUGGAAUUGUUUAUGUCCCAUGGUGGGUUGAAACACUGAUCAAUACUUGGUUAGCGAGUCUUCUUCGUAUCGAUCAUAAUUCACCUGAAGAAAAUGUAUACGCUUCAAAGGAGAAAUUAAUUCCUAAGCAUCAUCGUGCUCAUUCUAAUCUAACAGAAUGUAAUGAGAAUACUUCAUACAAUAAAUCAAUAGGUCGAAUAAAAAAACAACCAACCAGAGCUAAUCGUAAAUCGAAAACUUUAACCAAUGACAGUCGAGAUGAUAGUUUAAAUUCUUCUACAAAAAAUACACCAAUUUGGUCAAAUGUAAUCGAUGUGAAUUCAGAAUUUCGUCCUGCUGUAUUAAUUCAUAAAACUGUGGCGCCUCAGUUGAAUUCUCCUCAACACAAUGUAGUAGUUAGGCAGAAUCAUUUCGUUGAACCACUACAACAACAGCAAGUCAAGUUGAGAAAUUUAUCUACAAGACAAUUGAAUAGGUUUUUUUCUCAAGAAGAAGACGAGGAAUUAGCAGCAGCAGCAGGUGGGAUGAGAAGUGGAGUAAGCAGUCGACUGGAGUAUGCUUGCAACAGGAGUGCGUCUUUGAAAUAUGGUAAGUUGUAUUAUUUUUUGUAUGUGAAUAGAUUAAUUGGUCAAAUGCAAGUAGUCUGA